AACGUCCAAAGUUCCCGAUGAGUAAAGGCUCCAACAGAUACAAUAAUUGCAUUUAACACUGUAGAUUAUUGUGUAUUUAUUUUUAACGUGCGUCACAAAAACAAACGUAAGCAAAUGACGUCCGUUUAGCUCCUUUUCACAGCCAUCAACACGCGGGGACUCUUUACGUCAGCACGCUGCGCGCCAAAUUUUUACAGCGCAGAAAGUGCAAAACAAAAACUGCCGCGGGUCCUGCGCUUUCUAAAGGAAACAGCGCUAAAAGCGGAUUGUUUGGGGCAAACUGCAUCUCCACAGGAUGUCGGAACACUUUGGAUACUCACCCAGCUUCAAGCGACCAGCGGAAAUUUUGCGAAUGAGGUGCAAAAGAGCCCGAAGCGACACCGGUGCCGGGUCGACAGACCGCCCCGAACAAAGCGGCUCAUCUCCGACGUGCGUGCGGACUUUCUCCCCGGAACCGCUCUCCGGCGCCCAGAACCAUUCCGGGGUUGGAAUAAAACGCAGGAACCCGUUCGCAAAAAUAGAAAACACUUACAGUCCUAAGAAGAAACGUCUGACUUUCAGCGACGCCAGCUGUAACCCCGAAAACUCUGAUAGCUCCGGGAUCACAAACAAUGAGAGAGAUGAAGAAUCAUCGAAGAGAGAAGGCGCGCUAGAUCUGGCUCUCAGUUUCAGGCUCGAUGAGGCACAAAAACAGGAGUACCGACAAGCUUCCAGCCAGAAAUCUGGAUCUCUGUCUGAGAGUGAUGUGUUGAUUGAAGAAGAACCGGAGCAUAUUAAAAGCCCCCUGCUAAAGAGCCCCCAAGCCAGUGCUCCCACUGCAGCUCCUGUGUGCACCCAGUAUCCAGCAGACUGGAGCCUGAAGACUCGUCUCCUCCUGACCUCUCUGGUCUCCCUUUCAUGGGCAGAGCAGCUCAAGGCUCAGGAAGAAGCUCAGGGGCUCAGCCAGCACUGCAGGGCACAGUUCAGUUCCCUGCCACACAGUCCACAG